CGACCACUUAAGCCAAAUAUCUACACAGAGCUAUUCACACAUCUUUGAGACCAUCCCGCGUGUCCCGUCCACAACGCCAAAACCCAAGAUCACGCAAUACAGCCAGCCACCAACAUGAAAUUCUUCACUACCCUCUCUCUCGCCACUGCUGCUUCUGCUGCCACUCUUGAGCACAGGCAGGCGCCCAGCAAGCAGAUCGGCUCGUUCUCAGCCUCAUGUAUCCCCCACUCGGCCUUUUGCAACUACCAGUUCACUGUCAAGCCCGAUCCCUCUCUUCCGCCAAGCCACUGCAACGGUACCUACAUCGGUAGUGGCACACUGCCCGCCGUCGGCGACGGAAAGUGCGCGGACAACGCGGCCUACACCUGGGGCAUCGUCAGCACUCAAGAUGGCGGAUACCGCUUCGGCGUCUGGUACCCACUGAACUCACGGUCCAACAUCACCUACUGCCACCAGAUCACUCCCGACGAAAUCGAGGUCGUCGAUGGUGGUUCGGUUCAGACCGCCCACUACAUUGGCCCGACAGAGUUUGACGCGACCGUUGAUGCUUGCUUUUGAAGCGCCCUGUAGCGUGCCGUCUGAAGAGGAUUUCGAUCGCAGUAUAACAGCCACAGCGGUCAUGGCAUAAACUUAGAAUGAUUGUGUAGCCAUACCAUAAUGGAGAUGUACAAAGAGAUCAAAACUUUUGGCAGAAUCCCACUGAGUAUCAGCCCGCUCAACCGGCCAUUCCCAACUAUGAAUAAGGUGAUCUGAGAGACGUACUUUGGGACACGACCACAGGCAAAGAAAUUCAUAACGAACCUUCGGGGUCACAUGAGCUGAUUCAAGCGUGGCCGGCAACACUCCAGUCAAACUUGGGAGAAGGCGG